AUGGAAGCGCUGCGACAAUCUCGCCCGCUGCCACACAUUCCUGCCGGCACAACAUUGCUGGCGGACGCAGAGUUGCCCGGCCAGGAUGGCGCUUCGCUGCACACACAAAGCCACAGUCAAGGCCACAGCUCAGCCACAUCUGGUUUUGAGUCAGCACAUCGUUGGACAUCCAAAGAAAAUCUGCUAGCACCCGGCCCCGAAGAGGACGAUCCACAAUUAUUUGUAGCAUUGUAUGACUUUCAAGCUGGUGGUGAGAAUCAACUAAGUCUGAAGAAGGGAGAACAGGUGCGUAUUUUAUCGUACAACAAAUCGGGCGAAUGGUGUGAGGCACACUCAGAUUCCGGCAAUGUCGGUUGGGUACCAUCGAACUAUGUGACGCCACUUAACUCGCUGGAGAAACACUCUUGGUAUCAUGGACCCAUAUCGCGCAAUGCAGCCGAAUAUUUGCUCAGCUCAGGCAUCAAUGGUAGUUUCUUGGUGCGCGAAAGUGAAAGUUCGCCAGGCCAAAGGAGCAUCAGUUUGAGAUACGAAGGGCGUGUAUAUCACUAUCGCAUCUCAGAGGAUCCGGAUGGUAAAGUUUUUGUCACAGCGGAAGCUAAAUUUAAUACACUCGCCGAACUUGUGCAUCAUCAUAGUGUACAACAUGAAGGGCACGGGUUGAUUACGCCAUUGCUUUAUCCGGCGCCCAAACAAAAUAAACCGACCGUUUUCCCACUCAGUCCCGAACCGGACGAGUGGGAAAUCUGCCGUACGGACAUUGUGAUGAAGCAUAAGUUGGGCGGCGGCCAGUACGGUGAAGUGUACGAGGCUGUUUGGAAGCGUUACGGCAAUACUGUGGCUGUGAAAACGCUCAAGGAGGAUACAAUGGCACUCAAGGACUUCCUCGAAGAGGCGGCUAUUAUGAAAGAGAUGAAGCAUCCAAAUUUGGUGCAACUAAUUGGUGAGUAA